CAAGUUGAAGGUGGAAGUCCUCAUUCAUCCUGUUAGCUGUCCCGUUAACCGCUUGUCGUUUAUUGUCGCCACUGGAGAAUAAACAGCUAUGUCGAUAUUUUGUGAGGUUCCCCAAGCAGCCCCUGUAGCUGUCUUUAAGCUAUCGCAGGACUUCGCUAACGACCAAUUUCCCCACAAGGUGAACCUCGGAGUGGGAGCCUACCGUACAGAUGAGGGCCAGCCAUGGGUUUUACCAGUGGUGAAAAAGGUUGAAAAGAUCAUUGUGCAUGACGACAGGCUAAACCAUGAAUACCUGCCCAUCCUGGGCCUGCCUGACUUCAGAUCCUCUGCCUCUAAGAUUGCACUGGGAGACGACAGUUCUGCCAUCCAGGAGAACAGGGUGGGGGCUGUCCAGUGUCUGGGUGGUACAGGCGCUUUGAAGAUGGGUGCAGAAUUUCUCAGGCGUUUCUAUAAUGGAAACAACAACACCAAAACACCUGUCUAUGUGUCUGCACCUACUUGGGAAAAUCACAAUGCUGUGUUCGCCAAUGCUGGCUUUGAGGACGUCCGUCCAUACAAGUACUGGGACGCAGCGAGGAGGGGCCUGGAUUUGGAUGGUUUCCUUGGAGACCUGGAGAGUUGUCCAGAACACUCUAUCUUUGUCCUGCAUGCCUGUGCUCAUAAUCCAACUGGCACAGACCCAACACAGCGCCAAUGGAUGCAGAUUGCAGAAAUUAUGAUGAGGAGGAAGCUCUUUGUGUUCUUUGACUCGGCUUAUCAGGGAUUCGCCUCAGGCAGUCUGGAGAAAGAUGCCUGGGCAGUCCGCUACUUCGUCUCCAUGGGCUUUGAAAUGUUCUGUGCCCAGUCGUUCUCCAAGAACUUUGGCCUUUACAAUGAGCGUGUGGGCAAUCUGACUAUUGUGGCACGUGAUGCAGACAACCUGAAACGAAUUCUGUCCCAGAUGGAGAAGAUUGUCAGGACCACUUGGUCCAACCCCCCGUCUCAGGGAGCUCGCAUUGUCGCCAUCACUCUUAACUCACCCGAGCUCUUCAGUGAAUGGAAGGACAAUGUAAAGACCAUGGCUGACAGGGUCUUGUUGAUGAGGGCUCAGCUGAAAGCUAAGCUUCAAGCUCUGGGGACACCAGGCACCUGGGACCACAUCACAGAGCAGAUUGGCAUGUUCAGCUUCACAGGCCUCAACCCAAGACAAGUGGAAUACAUGGUGAAGGAGAGACACAUCUACUUAAUGGCCAGUGGUCGGAUCAACAUGUGCGGUUUGACCACCAAGAACAUAGACUACGUGGCUGAGUCCAUCUACGAGGCCGUCACCAGGGUCCAGUAGAAGACUACACUACCCACAGUUCUCAGUGCUUCCUCCUGCCCAGCCUUGAGCCACCUGAUUCCAGAAAAAAGUGUUUGUGUCCAACAUAUUUCCUAGAGAAGACAUAAACUCUCAUUUGUACACAAAUACAGACAUUUCUCAGCUCACUCACCCUGUUUCUCCCUCGUCUCAGUGUCAGUGCUGAGCUAGGCUAAACACAUGCUGGACCUAUUCCUAUCCCAACGCACAAAUGGAAAUUAUUUCUUUAAGUAAUUGUGUUAAUAUUUUGUCCCUGUUUCCUUCAUGUUGGUCUCCUACUUACAGUAUGUACUUAGUGUGACAUCAUCUUGUACAUGUAGUGUACUAUUAGUGUAUGUGUCAUCACCAGGACCUUUCAGAGGAGUAGUUCAAUCUGUGACUGUGUUACAAUUAUCCCAGCAGCGCUGACUCAACUGUCUAAAAAUGUUUAAUGUCAUUCUGUUCAUCCAUUCCAAGUUUUAUUAACACAUUUUCAUCUUUAACUUGCAGCAAUUAGUAUGAAUGUAUAAUUAAAAGCACUGACCAAACCAACUUAAUGUAGCUUUAAUUAGAGGAUGUAAUUAUAGUAAAUGUCAUAUUUAGCACCUCUAUUAUGAGUUGAAGUGGCAGUUUAAUAUUAGAUUCAAUGUGAACAAGAGAUGAGUUUUCUCAGGAAGAUAUUUUUAAUUUGAACUACGUAAUUUAUUAAUGAUAAUGAUCUAUGCCCAAAGGGGUUAUACUAAUUACCUCACUUUUAAAAUGUAUUUAUACAGUGUUUUACGUCUCGUUUACUUUAAGUGACUACAAAUGACACCAGACUGUCCUCAUCGGUGACGUGACUCCAGCAUAAUCUGGCUGGAGCUGAAUGUGAUGUUUUUGGUUCUGUCAGGCACAUGCCAUGAAUGUUGAGUUUGCACAGCGAUUGUCAUAUCUUGUCAACUCUUGUGCACUGUUAUGUAAGACCCUCAUGUGAGUGGCACAAACACACUUAUGAUCAACCGGUUUGCUUUCGUAUCACUGUGCACAGUACACUGAUAAAGCAGUGAUACUGUUUUGCAAAUGAAGCCGAAAAGCUCCUCACUAGACCUUCUUAUGAGAUGAAUGAACUAUAAUAAACAAGUAUUAAUUGUU